AGGAGUCACAUGAAUACACGAGAAAACCAAGGAAUGACUAAAUAAACAUCUGGGGCCAUGCUCCCUCACGUCUCCACUUCUGGUGUCAGAACUCCCCGGGGCAGGGAGCAGCCCCUCCCCACAGCGCCUCCCCUGCAGAGAAGACAUCCCAGGAACCCUCACUGCAGCAGGGGCGAGCAUGGCCGCCCGCCUUCAUCCCACAUCACGAGGGCCUCGUGCAAGUCCCGAGCGGUCCAUGUGCGUGCAGGAAGGCCAGGUGCCUGCGCUUGCUGCCUGCUUGCUGUAGAUUUGGAUGGAGCUGCCUGGAGCCUCCUGGGCGUGUGCGUUCCUGCACCCUGGCCCCCAGGGAGAGGCUCCUCACUCCCAGCUCAAGCAGCUCCUGGAAGUUGUCUGGAUCAGGACCCCGCUCCAGGCCACACUCUGGCUGGGCGCCAGGUUUGGGGCUGAUCACGUGAGAUUCCCACGGCCCUGGGUUAGAGUCUGCUCCAGGGCUGGGGGAGCAGGGAGGUGCCGGCCGCCCAGACCCCACCGUCUCAUCUGGGCCUGAGGCUUCGGCCCCCAGAGCGCCUGCUUCCUGCUGCUCAGAGGGUGUGAGAAGCUCCUGCCCUGCUGGAGCUCAGUGAGGACCCCUCUGGCUUCCUUCAUUUUAAUCACGUCUUUCCAGGGACCUCUGGAUCUGAUGCCCACCAGGGCUCCCUGGGCCUCUCUUAGGGGAGGGUGUUACUGGCUUAUUUUCUGCCAACAGGAGCAAAGGGUGAGGCAACAGAUAGACCUGAGUUGGGGGGUGGAGGGUCAGAGACCUGUGGUCACCUGUGACCCAAUGGGAACAGGCAAGUCUGGGGAGCUGUGAGUAAGAAAGCACUCUGGCCUGGCCACGUGCGCUGAUGGGGGGCCUGUUCCCCUGAUGGAGGCCCUCCCUGCGGCUUCCUCUGCUCUUACCUGCGCCCCUCCUUCCUUCCUGGAGCACCCCUGCCCGAGCCUGUCCUGGCCCCGUUUUAAUCCACGCUGCUUCCUCCUCUGGAUCUCCGGCCAUCAGGGAGGCCCCUCUCACGGGCCUGCUGAGCUCCACCACCCCCUACUCCUGCAGAAGACACCUCUUUCACCUGCCCCAAGGACCAGGCAGCCUCCACCCGGGUUUCUCCUGCAUCCCCUCAUUCCAGAGGGCUCCCAAGGGCAGAGGCAGCUUGAAGUGAGAGUCUGUGGACGGCAGGCCCGCCUCAGGGGAAGCACACACAGCCUCUGCCGAGCUUGGAGGGUCCCAGUCACCCAUGGUCAGUCACCAUUCUCCAGCUUGGGGCACGCUGAGCACGGCUGGGAGAUGGUGCAGCGAAGGCCCGGAGGAGGUCCUAGCCCAGGCCGCCGGGUGCCUGGCCUGGCUGCUUGGAGAGGGGCAGCCCCUGUGGGCCCCUGGAGGGCCUCUUCUGUGCCAGUGCCCCCACGGCACAUGCCGCCCAGGAGUCCCAGGCCCCGGGUCAGGAGGGUGACCACCGCCUGCCUGCACAGGCUGAGGAGCGAGGUCUUCGAGCCUUUGCUUCCUGGCCCGUGGCUGACCGACCCCUGUGCCAGGAACAAGUACGCCGGCCUCUGCAGCUUGGGACGAGACAGCAGCCCCAGCAGAAUGCUUCUGGAUUGGAUCUUCGUGUCCCUCAUCUGGCAGCUCCCAGACCACACUGAAGGGGUCAGACACCCAGGUCUCCAUACCUCUUGGGGAGCUAUGACGGCGCCCCCAUCUGUCUGUUUCGGGUGUAAUGGGGAGUCCACAGGCCCUGGAACCUGCCAGCAGCUUCAGGUGGCUGCACCUGACCUUCUAGUUGGUACUGAGAGGUCCUUGGCCCUCACCCCCCACCGCCAUUGCCACCAAAGAACUCUGUGGUUACCUCAACCUCAGGCCGUGUGGCAGGGACCCCAGGGCCGGCCCUUCUCACCAGGCCCAGUUACAAAGGCAGGGAUGGACCCCAACCCUACAGAAAGCAGGGACCCACGCCUUCCAGAUGGUUCCCCCACUGCCCCAAAGCACACCUGACGGGUCAGACCGUGGGCCCGAUAAACAGAUGCCCCACUUGACUGGUGCACAGAUUUCCAGGAAACAGCAGUCAGCGGCCCCUCCAUUCCUCUGAGGAGAGCAGGAAGAGCUUAGCCCUUUGUGAAUUCCUUUCUUCCCCAGCACGUGAUGGAGCCACGCCUCACUGCUCAGCAUUGACAAGGAGGACAGAUGUGCCCGGCAGGCUCCUUCUCACCCACAGCACCGGCCUCCAGCCCAGCCCUGGCCCUGCUAGUCGUGACCAUCACAGCCCAGGCAGGGAAGGGACGUCAGGGCCCAGGGACCCUAGGACACCCAGUGGGAAGAGGCCUCAAAUCAGCCAGGGCCUUAGGAUGCCUGCUUGGAUUGUGAUUUUAGUGUCUCCUUUUGAACAGUCAUGGGUUGGUUUUCUUGUGUAUUAGAAAAAAAUGUAGGGCGUAAAGACCAAGAUGAAGGGUUCUGGAGUUUUUGGCGGAGGCUGAGUUCCUUGUCAGCCGAGCCGGCUGAAUGAGAAACUCGAAUCGCACCUCAGGUGUGGCUGAGAGCCUGCCACGUCUGGUGAGUGGCUGCAGCCGGAGGCCGCGCUCCUGCCCGCAGCUGUGGUCAGCACGCCGUCUCUGGAAGGGGCCUCGUGGUCUCUGGCCUCAAAGUGCAGAGGCAGCCACAAACGUGGGUUUGGCUUGUGCCAAUUACACUGUGUUUAUGGACCCGGAGAUGGGAAUUCUGUGUAACUCUCAUGUGUCACAAAGCCUUUUUUCCCCCAACCAUCUAUAAAUGUUAGAAUCAUUCCCAGCCUGUGGUCAGACAUGGGCAGGCUGAACUUGGCCACGGCCGCAGGCCCACAGACCCAGGACGCUGAAGGGGCUCGCUGGGCAGGGCACGUGGCACUGGGCAUCGGGGCCUGGGCUGGAACUCCUGUCCCUACCUCAGGGCCCCUAGCUAGGGGUCUUGGGGGCGUGGCGGACACUGGGUGUGGUUCCCACUAGCCAUAUCCCAGCCCCUUCCUGCCCCCAUGGCAUCAGUGGGGGGCCUGUUGCCUCUGGGGCUGGACGGAUCCCCACUGGGCCACCAUGCAGGCUGUGGGGUGCUGUGUGGCCAGGCCGGGCCCGGAAGGAGUUCCAUCUGUCCGAGUAGAGAAAGAGGCCCCACCCAGAGAGAAACAGAGUGGAUAGCAGCAGGAGGCUGGGUUGCCGAAGGCCCUAAGCCCAGCUUCUCCAGGGACUCGAAACAAACUUCCUUUUUUGCUUAAAGUUAUUUCAAGUUCAGGUCUUAUUUCCUGCAACUCUCAAAAUCCUGAAGCUCCACGAGUUUUCCCUCGGCUCCCAGAGGAGACCCUGGAGGACCCAGCCAGGCUCACGGCAAAACAGCUCCUGGGAGCUCAUGGCCCAGCGGGAUGGGGUCCCAGCCUCAGCGAGGAAGCAGGGCCUGGGGGCGGGGCCCGCACGCCUGGGAGAGCAGCUACUGUGGAAACCAUCAUUUCAUAGGCAGAACUUACCGGUGUCCUGCUGGAAGCCAUGUGUGUGUCUGACAAGAGACUGAGACAUCUCUUGGCAAGCACGGCUGGCAGAGACCUGAAUAAAGACCAGCGUCUUGGAUUCCA